AUUAUUGUUUUUUUUUUUAUUUAUUCAAAAUGGACCCAGACAGCAGUGGAUAUACUGCACGAGUGCUGCAAAUUCAUAUUUUUGACGACAAACAGGAUAAUGAAGUAUCGUCGUCAACUUCGUAUACACGUCAUAUAGAGCGCCUGGAAAAGCUGCCAUAUUUCAUCGGUAACGCGAAACGGGAGAAUGAUCGUCUGAGAAACCUGGAGAAAAGAACAAAACGCACAUCAAAGUCUCCGCCAAAACGUGAAAAAGUCGGCACUAGAUCCAGAUCACGUUCCAGAGAGAGAAGAACUCGUAGACCCUCAUGCGAUCGUCGUUAUCAGGACAGGAAUUCAAAUCACAGAGGCUCAACAACCAGUGAAAGUCGACGUGGCUAUUCAAGAGAUACAUCCUCACAAGACCGUUCGCCUCGUCGGGGCACACGUUCGCGUUCGGCCGCAGCUUGCAUUAUAACAGUGCCAGUCCCGGUGCCUGCCGCCGAUUUUCCCUAUGGUUAUCAUGAUCGUCUGAGAGACCUGGAGAAAAGAACAAAACGCACAUCAAAGUCUCCGAAACGUGGAAAAGAUAGCACUAGACACAGAUCACGUUCCAGAGAGAGAACUCGUAGAACCUCUUGCGACCGUCGUUAUCAGGACACGAAUGCUAAUCACAGAGGAUCAACAACCAGUGAACGUCGACGUCGACGUAGCUAUUCAAGAGAUACAUCCUCGCGAGAUCGUUCGCCUCGUCGGCGCACACGUUCGCGUUCGCCCGCACCUCGCAUUAUAACAGUGCCAGUCCCGGUGGCAGCCGCUGAUUUUCCCUUUGAUUAUCAUGAUCAUCUGAGAGACCUGGAGAAAAGAACUAGAUCCAGAUCACGUUCCAGAGAGAGAAGAACUCGUAGAACCUCAUGCGGUCGUCGUUAUCAGGACAGGAAUGCUAAUCAAAGAGGCUCAACAACCAGUGAACGUCGACGUAGCUAUUCAAGAGAUACAUCUUCCCGAGACUGUUCGCCUCGUCGGCGCACACGUUGGCGUUCGCCCGCACCUCCCAUAAUAAGUGUGCCAGUCCCGGUGCCAGCCGCCGAUCCCUAUGGUUAUCUUUUUAAUGCCAUGUACGCACCUUUGUCAUUCCCCAUACACCACCAUCCGCCGUGGGAUCAGUUUAGAGGACGCCUGCCGCCACCACCUAGUUACUUCGGAGCAUAUUGACCGCCCCCGAUGUCUCAUAGACACCGAUCACGUCCGAACAAUCCUCGUUUUAGUUAAUGAAAUAAUUAUAGACGCUUUAGUUCUUAAAUAUUUAAAAAUGUAUUUACUCAACUGCUAUAUACAUUCGUGUG